AUGAUAUUAACCCGCAAGGUGGUACGCUUCAUCACCCUGUUAAUGGGCUACUUCACCACCAAGCCGUUGACACGUGCCGAGGCGGCAACACCGGCCAGACGCCUGCCCCAACAAGACCGGGCAUUGGCCGAGUACCAGGCCGUUGCUGACCACCCCGGACACCUGCCCCAACAAGAACGAAACGAAACGGUGGCCGGAAGAUACUGGUCCCCGUUACAGCGACCACCCCGUACACCUGCCCAGAACAGGCAGGGCGUGCCCGGAAGGUUCGGUCGUUGCAGCCGACCACCCCGGACACCUGCCCCAGCAGCAAGACAAGAACAGGGCAGUGCCCAGAAGAUUACUGGUCCGUUCAACGGCCACCCGAACACCUGCCCAACAAGAGCAAAAGGGCAGGGCAGUGCCGGUACUGGUCCCGUUACAACGACCACCCGAACACCUGCCCCAACAGGAAACAGGAAACGGGCAAGGCAGUGCCCGGUACUGGUCCCGUUACAACGACCACCGAGCACCUGCCCCAACAAAGAAACAAAGGCGUGCCCGAUACGUUGCAACGACCACCCCCGAACACCUGCCCCAACAGAGCGAAACGAGGGCGUGCCGGAAGAUACUAGUCCCGUUACAACGACCACCCGGACACCUGCCCCAGCCAGAACCGGGCAGUGCGGUACUGAUCCCGUGCAACGACCACCCGACACCUGCCCCAACAGAACGAGCAGGGGCGUGGCCGGAAGGUCUGGUCGUUACAACGACCACCGGACACCUGCCCAACAAGACAAGGGCAGGGCGGUGCCCAGAGUACUGGUCACGUUACAACGACCACGGGCACCUGCCCCAACAGGCCGGGGCGGUGCCGUUACUGGUCCCGUUACAACGACCACGGGCGCCUGCUGA